UCUUUCUUUCUCAUACAAGAAAAGUGCUUGACAGAACCCAAAAGAAAUGCAAAUUGCUGGCUUCACUCUCUGGUCGAAUCAAAUCGAAGAACGAAAUUGAACAAGUACAUAAAUCUAGGCUAAGUAACUGAAAACGAACUUAACAAAGGAGAAGGAAGUUCCAGAGAGAGAAAGAUUGAGAGAGAAUGGCGGACUAUCACUUUGUAUACAAGGACGUGGAAGGAGCAUCGACGCAAUGGGACGACAUACAGAGAAAGCUAGGGAACCUACCGGCAAAGCCACCGGCGUUCAAGCCAGCACCUUUCACUCCAGCCGAGGACGAAGCCUCUCUUCCAAAGGACAAGUCCUGGAUCGAUGAAAAGACCGAACAGGACCUGGAAGACCUGGAAGACAAUCCCGAUCUUGACGACGAUCGCUUCCUUGAGGAUUACAGGAAGAAGAGGCUGGCUGAGUUGAGAGAAGCAGCUAAGGUUGCGAGAUUUGGAUCAGUUGUGCCGAUUUCAGGAUCAGAUUUCGUGCGGGAGGUUUCGCAAGCUCCAGCUGAUGUUUGGGUUGUUGUGGUUCUCUACAAAGAAGGAAUUGCAGAAUGUGGAGUGUUGAUGCAGUGCUUGGAAGAUUUGGCUACGAAAUACCCAGCUACCAAAUUUGUCAAAAUAAUAUCAACCGACUGCAUCCCAAAUUACCCAGAUCGUAAUGUUCCCACUGUUUUGGUGUACAACAAUGGUGCUGUCAAAGCAAAUUACGUGGGCUUGCAGAGCUUUGGCAGGAGAUGCACGCCUGAAGGUGUGGCAUUAGUCCUCUGCCAAUCAGAUCCUGUGCUCAAUGAUGGCCAGAGCGGAAAUGAUCGGUCAAGGAAAGCUGUGAUCGACGGAGUUCGCAAGAGGUUUAUAGAGAAAGUUGUGACGGAGCAUGAAAAUGAUGACGAUGGAUCUUCAAGUGAUUAGGCUUUAUAUUUGUCCCUUUUGUAAGAGUUUGAGUUUAGAUGGAUCAAAAUGACUCUUGUUUGUGCAUCUUUUUUGUUCUUGUACAACCUUUUUGGUUUUCCCAUUAUUUGUGAAAGAGUAUGAUUGUGAUGUGUUAAGAGUAAUGACGUGAACUUUGUAUGAUACUAGAAUACGGGUAUGCGAUUUACCAAAAAUACAAAGAAUACGGAUUUAGUAUCAA